CAGUGCCAUGCAGUGAUGACGAAGUUACUAAUUACAGGUCUCACAGCUUCUGUGAUAAAUCUGUUUAUAGGUCAGGUACAUUGAUGGUUUAAAAACAGAUAAUUGGCUUGAUAUGACUACUACAAUUACUUGGUGUUUGCUCAAUUUAGCCAAAAGGGAGAUUAAGGUGUGCAUGUGAACAUGAUGUCUGUCCACAGAAUUACAAAAUCAUUCAGAACCUCUUUGUUGAGACAUCUCCAGAAAGGAAUUAAGUUUAUGAAGACAUUAAUUUUAAUUCAAAUCUUUAAAAAAAAAAUGCAACAGGUGUAUUUUAAGGUUAAUGUUAGUGUGAUUUAGAUGAGUGUGCUUCAGUAUGCAUAUUUAGCAUUCAAUCUGAGCAAGGAGGCUGUUAACAGGCUAAACUUUUAAACCUUGAUACACAGUAAUACUGUACACAAUAACAUGAAGUAGAGAUUGAGAAACACAGGAAAGAAAGAGAAUAUUCCAUGUACAACCAGUACAAACUCACAUGGUGCUGUAAUCUGAGAUUACUGGUCCAGCGAAUCUUCACUUUGGCCUGUUAAAAGGAUUAGAGGAAGAGUCAUCAACUAUUCCAGCACUACAAAACCCCCUCCGACUGCCGAGACAUCUUUAGUCAGUCAUCGCACAAGCACAACAUUAGGAGUAUAGCUGUUGUUCCUGUAGCAGUUGACUGAUCAGGCCCAAUGGCGCUGCUCAAAUCUGGCUGGCUCUGGAGACAGUCUUCAAUCCUCAAACGCUGGAAGUUGAACUGGUGUGACCUGUGGAUAGAUGGGAGCUUUGUUUUUUACAAAACUGAAUCCAGAAGAGACUAUGAGACCAAAGUGAAUCUGAAGGCCACCUGUGUGAAUGUGAAGUCUGGACUGGAGUGUCCAAAUGUAUGUCCACCUGAGAGUCACCCCAGAGAGAAUCUGCUGGUUGUUUAUCUGAGGCAUGGUAAUAUGCUGAUCCUGUGUGCCAACAGUGAAGAUGAGGCACUGGCCUGGAAACUCACACUCAUGGAGGCGAAAAUAAAUCCUGUUUUCACAUACAAUCCCUAUGACGAUACAUACCAAACCGUUCCAAUUGACAGUCAUAAUGCAGUUUACAUCAUGCCAAGUACAGGUAGUGGAGGGACUCAGCAUGUCUGGGUACACAGAGACUCUUAUGACAACAAUUUUGGAGAGCAGAUUGCGUUGGGCCUCCUGGCUGGAAUGGCUGCAGGUACAGCAAUGCGUUCUCUUCUAUGGAUGCCCUUCUGGUUCUGCUGAGGACCAGUCAGAUAGCAGGAUGAUCACUGGAAAUCCAGCAGACUGAGAGAACAGACUGGAAGAGCCGUCCAUAAAGCUCAGCCAUAGCAAAUGCUCCUGUUCCUUCGUAUAAAUAUGUAAAUAUGAGAAUAGCUGCAGCUGUUUUAAACUCAGUGGGCAUUAAGUGGUUAAUCAGUGUGUAAAGGAGGGAUUCUUCUUUUUUGAUUGUUUACAGUUCUUUAGAAUAUCUAUAAAACUAUGUAAUUCUGCACACAGCUAAUGAUUGUUUUUUCUUGCUGCCAUGAUUCUGCUUUGUGUAUGUCGUACAUGUAUAGCUUUGCAAACUUGCUCAGGGUUUUGUCCAUUAUUAUGUUAUUUUUCUCUCAGACAAGUUCUCCUAUCAGUAUUUAUAAAAAGUUCCAAGAUUUUUCUAACUCUAAAACACUAAAGCCCGAAUUCAUUAUGUUCCAUAGCAUGAGGUUUGGGAGUGAUCAUCAGACUAUUGAAUGCUCUUCAAAUGAGAAUCUUGCAAAACUCUUCUUACAAAAGAAUAUGAUGCUGAAGUUGCCAACAAAAGCUGAAUAUGUUGAUCAAGCCUUCGAAAUACCUCAAAAAUGAAGGCAUGAUUAUGAAAUCAGUUCUCAUAACUGACCACUAGAGGCAGGCAGAGCAGCAUUUGCAUUUGGCCUGUUUACACACUACUAUGCUACCUUGCCAGUAUAAGUUAUAAACAAUAUUGUUGUGCAAAAUAAAAUGCAGAAUAAUAAAAACAGAAUCAUAUUAGUUGGCAUUUCAUUUUUUGUGUGUUUACAAUUAAAACUCCUGCACAUUUAACAAUGUCCUGAUUAACAAAGAAAGUUAUACAUAAUCCAUCAAGGAAAAAAAAAAACCCCACUGUUGCUAAAUAUAAGAUUUUAUUAGGGACGCCUCAAGAUGCUGAUCAAUUUUUGCAGUGCAAAUAAUGAGCAUUGGUGUCAAGCAGUGUUACCAGACGAAACUGGUUAAAAUCUAUUUGAAACGAAUGAGACCGUUUCAAGAAAACCAAACAAAAUGCACUAUAUCAUAAAAACGUUUAGAUCAGUCUGGGGACAAACUUAUCACUGUACAUUAAAAAAAAACAAACGUGGCAGGUGCUUAGGGCCAGAAUGUCUAAACGUCUCCAUGUAUACAAAUUAUGACAAACAAAACAGUUUAAAAACAAAAACAUUACAAAUAAAUAUUAGGGUUCAUGCUUGAUUCAACAAAUCAAACUAUAUCUAGUGUGUCAUUAUUACAAUAAACCAAACUUUACAAUGCUUAAAAAAAAA